ACAAAAACAGCUGAUUGUCCCAAACAUCAAUUUCUUUUUUCAUCAACUGGAAGCAAAACGAAACAAAUUCGUUUUAUUAGCAAACUAAUACCGGUGUUUGGGUGUUUAUACCCACCAAAAGAUGCCCGCCCACUGUGCCGUUGUUAAUUGCAGCGAUAAAUACGUGCAUGCCGGCAGCAUUUCUUUUCACAGAUUCCCUUUCAAGAGAAAAGACCUGCUGCAAAAAUGGCAGGACUUUACGCAGAGGACUGGCAAGUGGAUGCCCUCCAAAUGGAGUGCCGUAUGCAGCCGUCACUUCGUGGACGAUGACUUCAAUUGCUCAAACAACAGAAAGACACUCAAAAAGAACGCUGUGCCGACUGUAAGAUUGCCAGAAGAAGAUACUCUGAGUGCCCCAGUGAAGCAGCACGUGGCUCCCAGCAGACCAGCGAAUAAGCCCACCCUCGCCAGUGCCGCUGAAGCCCCAACAACAGGUGUUAAGGCCACCUGCCGCUUUUGCGGCACCUCAGCCCUCAAUUGCUCUUCCUUUGACAACAACUUUGAGCUAUUUGGAAUGAUUCAGAGAUGUUUUCCCACACUCCAGAUACUGCAGGAUGAUACGCUGCCCAAGGAUAUCUGCAAGGAGUGUUGCCUGAAGCUGGAGCAAUUCUCCCAGUUUAUCGAUGUGGUCAUGCAGGCGCAGAGCGAGCUGCAGCGCAAGUACCGCCGCCAACUGAAGAUCAAACAGGAGCCUUGUCCGGUACGCGUAAAGCAGGAGGCCUGCGAGAGUCUGGACAAUCUGUUUCCCGACGAACUAGACAUGGGUUUGGAGCAGGACGAGGGCUGUGAGCACGAGGAGACUGAGCAAAAGUUCCAAUUCUGUGAUUUUCCCAUGCUGAAUGCCCAGGACAUAAUUAACAAUUGUGAUAUCAUGGAGAUUAUAAAUCUGGAUGAUCCGUUCAUCAAUAUACCCGAUGACACGGACGUCGGGGGGCAGGCGGAGAGAUCGCAGCCCUUGAGGACGGCCAAUGAGAUGCUGCAAUCGGAACUACUGACCGAGGAGCACAAUUAUGCCAAGGAGGAAUGGCCAUUGCCGAAUCUUCAGUACAAAACGGAGAAGGUAGAGGGUGCAGAGGUGGCUCCGGAGGCAGGUCCUCCUCCUGCCGCUCCACCAGCCUUGCCGGAUCAUGAAACCCGGUCCUGCAAACCCAUUGUCACAAAUGUAAGUCAGAUACCCAAUCCAAUGCUUUGCGAGCUCUUGCCGCCACCGCCGCCACCGGUGCCUCUGCCCAUCUCCUCCAAGCCCAACAUUGUGGUGCUCAACGACAGCGUUGUCCAAUCCUCUGCUGCAUUUAGACUCCACAACUGCAGUCUGUGCACAGCCAAGUUCAUUACGAUGGAUAGCCUGAAUCAGCAUUUUGCUCAGAGUCACAGCAACACACCCAUGGUGAGUGUCCCCGUCAGUUUGCCGCUGAAUCCUGCCUUGAAAUUAGAAGGCAACAGCCAGGGCUUUAUGGCCACGGAACCCUUGGAUUACUGGCAGCCCGAAUGGCAAAAUAGUCCACCAGUAACAGCUUCGCAGCAGCAGCAGCAGCAGCAACAGCAACCGAAGAAAAAGAUCGAUAUACUGGACAUGCAGAGCAGCUUCCUCCAUCACAAGGAUCUCAUACCAGCCACUCAACUGGCAACUAAUCCUCUUCCCCUGCCCGAUCCCCAGCUGGCUGUGGUCUCAGCAAAUUAUGCCAAGCUGGCUGAUCGUUAUCGUAAAUUAAAACUGAAAUGUAGAAAGUUAAAUGUUCACAAGAGGAAAAAUUGUUUGAGAUCCCACACCUGCCGGGUUUGUCAGCAAAGUUUUCCCAGCUUCAAAUUGCUCUUCCACCAUCGGCGCGUCAAAGGACAUUUUGUCAAGCUUAGCCACAGUUUCUUCGGACGCUGUUGCGGCUGCCUGAAGCCGUUUCGCUCUCGUUUGGGCCUCCGCCAGCACAUGAAAUACAUCUGCCUGAGUUUAUCCCUGAAGAACCACCAACGACGCCUGCAGAGCUUCAAGUGCCGGCACUGUCAGGCCAUAGCCUUUGCUCACUGGCGCCUGUAUCGUCGCCACGAACUCAAUUGUCCGAAAAGAAAGCCAGAGAAAACCAAGGCCCACAUGUCGUCGUCCAGGGCGGCCAAGAAGAAACAGACUUUCUCGUGUUCCAUAUGCAAGAAAUCAUUUGGUUCCCUGAACGGUCUCAAGCAGCACGACAUCACCCACUCGACGGAGCGGCAGCACAAGUGCGCCAUCUGCGAUCGGGUCUUUAAGCGGCGGAAUGGCCUGUCUCAGCACAUCAAGGGCUACCACCUGCAGCUCAAACCACACGAGUGUCCGGUCUGUGAGCAUCGCUAUGCCCUGAAAUGUGACAUGCUUAGAUGCAGGCAUUCGCUGCGGAAGGAUCCGAUGCUGGUGGGGACUGAAAGGAAGCUGUAGAUGUCCUUGAGAGCGGAAUUACUGGAUUUAAAUGGAAAUAGGGUUCCAGCGCCUGUAAUUCUCUAUCUGGUACCUGGAUAUAAAAAUACACACAAUAUGGAUGGUCUUCACAGCACAGAAAGAGCACCAAUCCUUGGGAUGAUGAUGCGUUCCCAGCGGGAAAAGAAAUUGUGACCAAGAAACAAGGUUUCAAUACACAAACGAUUUUUUGUUUGUAAAUAGGUGU